CUACACACUUUCACUGCAAAAAGUCACAAACACUUUCAGAUCGACCGAGCAAACGAUGCCGAUGACGAAGCCGAAGCCGAUGCCAGAGGAGCAGAAGAUGGAAUACUUCAUGCAAGUCACUGAAGCACCGUUGUCCGUCGCCGUUCAGAAAUUAGAGAAACAUGGAGGCAAUCUAAAUAAAGCUCUUGAAGACUUUUAUCAAAAGGAUUCGCUCCGAAAACCAAGUCAAAAUGAGCAACAUCGUAGCCAAAAGGGCUUAACAGUGGCGGAAUUUUUGGAAGCAUAUCCCAAAAAAACACUGGCGGAAUUGUUGGACGAAAGCACUGAGGGAUCUUUUUCGUGGAAGAAAUGGGCAGCUCCCAAAAUUCCUCCAAGUCAUUCUCAGAAAACAGAGGCGGAAUUGUUGGACGAAGGCACUGAGGGAUCUUCUUCGAGGCAGAAAUGGGCAGUUCCCAAAAUUCCUCCAAGUCAUUCUCCGAAAACACUGGCGGAAUUUUUGGCCGAAGGCACUGAGGGAUCUUCUUCGUGGAAGAAAUGGGCAGUUCCCAAAAUUCCUCCAAGUCAUUCUCCGAAAACACUGGCGGAAUUUUUGGCCGAAGGCACUGAGGGAUCUUCGUGGAAGAAAUGGGCAGUUCCCAAAAUUCUUCCAAGUCAUUCUCAGAAAAAACAAAAAGCUAAGUCGGGCCAGCUUCCAAUGUCCUCGUCCUCAAAGGGCCCUGUCAAACAAAAAGCUAUCGAUCCAUUAACACGGCCUAAAUUUCCGUAUGCUCGCAUACCAGCUGAUAAACGAUGGGAGUACUUGGAACGACUUUGGAGGGAUUAUGCGGAUACACGUGAUAAUAUUCAUAUUGCUGUUCACAUACCGGGUGGUGGUUGCGUUCAACGUAUCUUUCUCAAAACUGACAAACUUAAGGAACUCUUUAGGUUCUUACGCGUAAUUGGAUUAGGAGAAUAUUUGUCUGAAUCCUAUGUACUUGCAACGAAAUCCCCACGUCGUUGUUACAGUAUUAAAGAUGGCCGGUCAACCUUGGAUGAAGUAGGCCUAGGCAACGGUGGAGAUUUGUAUCUGGAGAAGAUUUAGUUUCGCCUAUUUUCCUUCAAGUAUCUUGGUCUGUACAUAUAGAUUUUGGGACCCCAAAAACACUUUGAGACGGGUUAGAUAAAAAAAAGAAAAAGGAAAAAAGUAAUCUUUGUGAUGGAUGAUAUUCAUUGAAGACAAUGGGAGGGCAUCUUUUUGUCUAUACAGAUCUCCUAGUUGUCAAUUAUACUUUGAAAUAAAAGAAUUUGCUAUUGGACCAACAUACAUGAUGAUUUGAUC